AUGCUGGCGGCAGCAGGCGGCUCGGGCUCCGGCGCGGCGGGCGGCGCCGGGCAGGGCCUCGGUGGGGACGGGGACUUCCUAUCGCGGUACCGGCUGGUGUCGGCUAAGCUACGGCGGCGGUUCUUGCGGAAGCCGAACGUUGCGGAGGCGGCAGAGCAGUUCGCGGCGCUGGCGCGGGAGCUGCGCGCCCAGGAGAGCCUGCCUUACGCGGCCUGGUGCCAGCUAGCCGUAGCGCGCUGCGCCCAGAGCCUCUUCCACGGGCCCGCCGAGGCGGCCGCCCUGGCCGAGGCGGCGCGGCUCUUCCUGCGGCAGGAGCGGGACCUACGGCAACGCCUGGGGCUGCGCGGCGGCUUCGGAGAACAUGUGGCAGCGGCGCAGAGUUGCGGCGCCUUCGCGGCCCGCUUGCACCUGGAGCGGGGGCAGCCGGCGCUGGCGGCUGGGCUGUGCCUGGAGCUGGCGGCGGCGCUGCGCGACACGGGACAGCCCACCCGAGCCGCCGCGCCUCUACAGCGGGCGUCCGAGCUGCUGACAGCGGCACGGCUUCCCCUGGAGGCCCUGCGCUGCUUGGCUGAACGCGCCUCCUGUUUGCUGUUGGGCCGCGACUACGCCGGCGCGCUGGCGGCGUUGACCCGGGCACAGGCGCUAGCCGGGGCCGGACUGGGUGCUGGCGGGGUACCCGGUGGUGCGUGCCUGGAUGUGCUGGCGCGUUGCGAGGUGUCUCGGGUGCUGCUGCUGCUCCUGCUGCAGCCACCCCCCGCCAAACUGCUGCCUGAGCACGCCCGGACACUGGAACAGUACUGCUGGGAGGCACCCGAGGGCAGUCCGGGGCCCGGGCUCGGCGGUGGCCCCGGGGCCAGCGGAGGGCUGCCGCCGGCGGCGAGCUACUUACCGGCCGAGCUUUUCCUGCUGCUGCAGUCGGCCGUGCUGGCGUGCCAGGAGAAGGACGCAGAGGCGCUGAAGGCCCUGCAGGCUGAGCUGUGGCCGCUGCUGAGCGCCGAACAGAACCAUCUGCUGCACCUGGUGCUGCAGGAGAUGCUGAGCCCCGCCGGACAGGGACUCUGAGUGUCGGCGCGAAUGGCUCUUGCUUUGCUCCCGCGGGGCGGCAGGGCCGGGGUUGGACUGGUUACUUCAGCCACGGUCUCUGUGGGCAUAUACUCUAUUUCCUUAUUUAUUUUUCAUACGAAUUCUGUAACAGAAGCAAAUAAUAAUUGA